ACGAAGAGAGAAAGAGAGAGGAAGAAUGGAUCCCUCCAGCAGGUCGUGGACCGGUCCUACAGGCAGUCCACGCUCAGUCGACACCGGCACUCCAUUCGAGCACGUUCGACCGUUUGCCGCGCUCUCUAACGACUCGUGAUUCGCUGUCAACACGGUUUUUUUCUUUUUUUUCCGAUCCGGUGUUCCACUCGUUACGAUCAUUCGGACGACGACAUCGAUCAGUGCAUGCCCGCGAGGACAGGGACGCUAAUCGAGCGCGACGAACGUCCGCUCGCGCGCGUGUGACAAGUUUGCCGAACGAAAACCCCUGAAAGGUGAUCGAAUCGAAAGAGCAUCGACACAGGCUGUGACAAUGAUGAGCUCUCAUCAACAACACCCGGGCUACGGGUUCCUCUCGGGCAUGGACCUGCACUCUGUGCACCACGUGAGCCAGGACAUGAACGUGGCCGGUCAACAGACGGCGUCGUCGCAGGAGCAACACAUCAAGAGGCCCAUGAACGCCUUCAUGGUCUGGUCGCGUAUUCAACGAAAGAAGAUCGCUUUGGAUAAUCCGAAGAUGCACAAUUCCGAGAUAUCGAAACGAUUGGGUGCCGAGUGGAAGCUGUUAUCCGACAGCGAGAAGAGGCCGUUCAUCGACGAGGCAAAGCGUCUGCGCGCCAUGCACAUGAAGGAGCACCCCGACUACAAGUACCGUCCACGAAGGAAACCCAAGGUGCCGGUGUCCGUGGUGCCGGGCAAGGCAGGUUCCAUGAGUCCAGGUGGCUUCCAUCACACGACGGCGCCGCAUCCGCCUCUGAUGUUCCCGUCCUCCUCGGCCACCGGCUCCGGAAGCAUCGUCACCACCACCAGCAGCCCGGGAAGCAGUCCAGGCUCCACUCCGAUCCCGUCGUCCCAUCAGCAGGUGCCAACGCCGACCACCUCGACGACUCUGGACCUCGAGCAACUGCGCAGACCCGUCUCCGUGAUAUUCUAGACUCGUAGAUCCGGAUAGUUCAGGACACUCGUCGAGCCGGGAAGUUCGAAACGCUUUUCGUUCAGGGAUUCGCGUCGAGAACCACGUCCCUAGGGACGCAUUUAGUGCACGCGGGACGAUGUUGUAUUUAUAUUCGCGAUGCUCGACAGCCGACAGCAGGCACUCUCCGUGAGAAGUUUGUUCGGGUCUUUUGUAGCCGAAUGUCCGAGGAGGCGGUCGCAAGUGAGAUAGGCCUUCAAGGUUGACCCAGGCCGAUCGCGGAUCGACCGCCGUUCGGGGAAGCCACGCCGCCAACCACGCGGAUAAUUGAAUUAGCAUAUUAAUGCGUUGGAACAAAAGAGUCGUUUAGGACCGCAUUCGUUUUGCUUUAUUGAAUGGGCUUCAUUGUGCGACGCGCUGUCCCCUAGACGGGGAACCGUCCUCUCCCUGCGGGAGCUACAAACUAUUGUUUUCAAAUAAUAUUUUAUAAUUGCGGAUGUGCC